UCUCACGAGGACAGACAGUAAAUCCAUGAUGCUUCAUGAAGAGGUAAAGACAGGGAUCCAGACAGCAGCAUCACUGUGGAUGUAAAAUCGAGGCUUUCUAAGAGUCAGAGAGAGAGAGACAUACAGAGAACAUCUACCAUGGAGCAUCAUUCCAGAUCAAUUCAGCAUGAUACUUCAGGUGGGAACGCCUCUCUGUCUCCACCGACUCUCACUCCAGCGAUUCCUCCCUACGUCAAACUGGGCCUGACAGUCGCCUACACUGUCUUCUACUCCGUCCUCUUCGCGUUCAUCUAUGCUCAGCUGUGGCUGGUGUUGCGUUACCGGCACAAACGUUUCAGCUACCAGACGGCGUUCCUGUUCUUGUGUCUGCUGUGGGCGGCACUGCGCGCACUCCUCUUCUCAUUCUAUUUCAGGGACUGCAUGACAGCCAACGCACUCGGACCAUUCUCUUUCUGGCUGCUCUACUGCUUCCCUGUGUGCCUGCAGUUCUUCACCCUCAGCCUCAUGAAUCUGUACUGUGCUCAGGUUUUCUUCAAGGCCAAAUCGAAGUAUUCCCCUCACCUCCUUAAAUAUAAGUUUCCUCUGUAUCUUCUGUUUGUUGGUGUGAGUCUGCUGUUUCUCCUGGUUAAUCUGACGUGUGCUCUGCUGGUGAAGAUGACCGACACACAAGUCAAGAUUAUCGUCCUGGUGCGCGUCACCAUCAACGACUCUCUCUUCGUUCUCUGCGCCGUCUCUCUGUCCGUCUGCCUCUACAAGGUGGCCAAGAUGUCUUUGGCCAGCAUCUACCUGGAGUCCAAGGGCACAUCCGUGUGUCAGGUGACCCUGAUCGGUCUCAUGGUGAUAUUCCUGUAUGCAUCACGGGCGUGUUAUAAUUUAGUGGUCCUGGCUCUCACAGAUAUUGAGACCAUUAAUUCAUUUGAUUAUGACUGGUACAACGUGUCGGAUCAGGCGGAUCUGAGGUCUAGUCUUGGCGAUGCCGGUUAUGUCGUGUUCGGUGUGAUUCUGUUCGUGUGGGAGCUGCUGCCCACAUCCCUAGUGGUUUAUUUUUUCCGAGUGCGCAAACCUGCUCAGGAUAGGAGCGGUUCUGCGAUUCCCAGCCACGUUUUCGCCAACAGACCAUAUUUCUUUGACAACCCCAGACGUUACGACAGUGAUGACGAUUUAGCCUGGGCUUCCAACCCUGUGACCACCUCAAAAAGUUUGUCUACAGACUGCUAUGAUUGGGGGAGCAGGAGCAGCAGUUUCUUGGUCCAUUUGGGAGGAGAUGAUCAACGGUCAUCCACGACAACAGCGGGACUAAACCGUUAAUGUUACAGCUUAUUAAUGUAGUUGUACAGUUAUGUGCUAUCUCAACUGCACCGCACUUUAUUCGGCCAACUACAGUACAUCCGCAUAUAUAUGCACAAUCAGUUCCAUUAUACGUGUCAAAGAGACGGUCCACUGCAAAUGUGAGUUUCCAUGGCAACUAACUCCAGAGCAAUGUGCAAUCGUCAUGGUAACCACAGCUCUAAACCAUGUUCCUACAGCAGAGAGAACCAUGGCUGUGUUCAGAAUUGAAUAUUAACAUACUGCAUACUACACAGUGUAUAUUAUUAUUAUACUAUUUAAAAAAUAACAGUAUGAAAGGAUAAACAUUUCAAACAUGAUCUCAUAAUGUUGCAUUUUAAUUCAGUCAGUGGUGUACAUUCUUAAUUUAAUUUUCUUAACCCUGUAAAGUCUGACUUAAUGACAUUUUUUUUUUUUUUACAUUAAACUGUUUUUAGUACCAUUAGAAAAACUAUAAAAAGAAAUCGUAAAAAAAAUAAAAUAAAAAAAAAAAUAAAUAAAAUUACACUUUUUUUUUUAAAAAAAAUGUAUGAAUCAUAUUUGAUACAUUAGGCUUUAAAGGUCAUUAUCCUCCUGAGGCCCAGCAAUUCAUUUUUGAUACCAAAUGUUUGAGAGUUUGACCAAGACAGCUUCCUCUCCAUAGUCUAUAAACAUGGACUGUAAUGUUCAAUUCAGCACAUCAAAUACAGUAUGAAUAAAAUAUUUUUUUCAAUAAACUAUUUUUAUUAUAUGUAUUUAAUGCACCAAACACUAUAUUGACAUAUUAAAAGGGAAAUUGUAAAACUUUUUUCACUGGGUCUCAGGAACUUAUGGAAAGAAGACAUCAUAAUAGCUUAUAAUGUAAAAUAAUGAGAAAUGUAUAAUGACAGAGCAGACUGCAUAUAUGAAAAUACACAGAAAUAUUAGUUCACACUUUAUAUAUUAUAACAUGUACAUGUCAGAAUUUUCAAAGCUCUGUGAUGUUUUUUGUGGUGUGCAUGAAUGUAAUGAUGAUUGAGAGAUAUUCCUCAAAAGCCUUUUGAUACAUGGAUUUCAAAGGGUUUUUUCAAUAAAAUAAUGUACAAAAUGUUAAUCAAGCACAAGUUGCUUAUAUUCAGCAAAUACUCAUUUUAAAAUAUCAGUAACAAUAUAAUCAUUACUGUCACUUUUACUUUAUUAAAAUAAGCUGUCAUUUAUCCCAACAUAAGAGUCACUUUUCAUUUUAAAUAGAUCAAUAUAAACAUUGAAACCACUUUUUUCCACAAAUAACCACUAGACGAUGUCAUAAACAUGUGAAACUUACAUACCAAAUAAUUUUUGGCUAGUCAGCUUGAACAGAGAGUGAAACAGGAGUCGUCAAACGUGUUGUAUCAUAUUUAAAUAAUGAGCACAGUAUGUACAGUACUGUGCAAAAGUUUUAGGCACAUAAGAUGUUUCACAAAAGCAUUUGUCUUAAGAUGGUUAUUUAUAUCUUCAGCUUUAGUGUGUCAAUAGGAAAUAUAAAUGUUAGACUCCCAAACAUUACUUUUGCAAAUAGAAAAGAUUAGAAUAGAAGAACAGGGAUCCCUGCAACAGAUGUCAUGGUCCCCACAGAGCCCCCCACUGAACAUCGUGUCAGUCUGAGAUUACAUAAAGAGACAGAAGCAAUUGAGACAUGUGGCGAAUUCUCCAAAAAGCUUGGAACAUCCUAUCUGCCAACAACCAAGAAAAACUGUGUCCAGGUGUUUCUAGGAGAAUUGGGGCUGUUUUAAAGACAAAGGUGGUCACACCAAAUAUUGAUUUAGCUUUUUUAUGUUUACUAGACUUUGUAUGGCAUUACGUGAUACAUGAAAACUAUUUAUGCCAUUAUUUUUGAAGACAUCCUCACUAUGCAACAUGUUUCACAAGUGCCUAAAACUUUUGCACAGUAUGUAUACUGCAGAAACUGUACUGUUAGUAUGCAAUUCUGAACAUAGGACAUGUCUCCAGAGCACGCUUCUAAACCGUGUGUAUUUUCAUACAUCAGAAUUUAGUAGUUGAUUUAAUCAAGAUUAUGAAAUAAAAUGUAUAAGGCAUGAAUUGAUGUAAUUGCUUUGUCAUUAUUUAUCUAAAAAAUUGAUAAAAAAAAAAAAAGUAUUGUUUGUGCAGUGAGGUAAAGCCCACUUAAAGCUGACAGCUGAUGUCUUAAAAUAUUGUGUAUUAUAAAUGCAUUUAAUGUUUAUUUCAGUAAUUAUGUGGAAAAAUGUUAUUCUCAUUUGUUGAUUUGUUAUAAGGACAUUUGAUCACAUUGUAAAUCCACAAAUGACACAGUGUUAUAAACAGGCGCGACGUGACAAGUUUCCAGCGCAAAUUAAAAGUGACUUCAUUGCAACCAAUCAGAACAUAUUUAAUGUUUAACCCUUCCUUGGUCUUAUGGGUCAAUUUAACACUUUUGAAUUUUUAACACUGAUUAACAUCAACUUAACUAAGUUUUCAGCCUGAAACUUCAUGACAUCUUCUAGAGGCGAUCUGAAUCUGGCAACGUCAUUUUUUUAAAUUUCAUGUAUUUGUACAAAAAGCUACAAAAAAAAAAAGUUCCUAUGUUGUCCUUAAAGGUCAAAUUGACCUUUUUUAUGUUCAACUUCAAAAGCUUAUAAUACAGGCUCUGUUUGUUCUCUCUCUCUACUUUUGGUCUUAAAUUGUUCGUCAAGGUGCCAACUAACACUAGAAAAAAUAUAUCUUCUAUUCCAAUAUACAGUUCUGAAAGGCAGGUGACGUCUCAAUGCAGCUUCAAAAAUCUUGUUAAGAAAAGCUUCAAAAGCUUGUAAUAAAUGCUCUGUUUGCUUGAUCUCCCUACUUUUAGUCUUAGAUUAUUCAACUAGAUGGCAGCAAACACUAGGAAAAAGUUUUUCCUAUCACAACAUACAGAUCUGAAAAGCAGGGGAUGCCCCAACAUGGUUUGUGAAUCCGCCCAUAGACAUCCAGUCUUUUUUGGGAUGCCCCGCCCUUUCCACAUGUUUUGAGGAAUAUCUUGGCCUCUGAAUGGACUACAAAUGUAUCUUGGUGUCAUUUGAAAGCUAAGAACUUCAGGUUUUCAAUGAUUAUAAAAGUUUAUUAUCAUUUUUCAGGAACGUAUUCAAACAAUCAUUUAUAAUAAUUUUUUUGCUGAACUGCAUUUUUUUCUGGAAAUUUGAGACAUAAUAGUGGUUUAUUUACCCAGAAAAGCUGAGAAACAAGUACAAAUAGACUCAUUUUGUAGAAAACAACCUAAGGUAAGAGCUGAUAUAGAGUUUGUGGCUAUUUGGGGUUUACAGAAGCAGUGAUCAGAGCAGACAUGAGACUUUUUUUAUUUUUUUUAUUCACAAUUUCACUUUGAAACUCUUUUGACAAUUUCAACAAAAUAAUCCAAUAAUUAAUAAACUUAAUUUGUAUUUAUUCUCCUUUUUUUUAAAAAGGUAUUUAUUUGUUUUUAUAUCAUAUUUGAAUAUGUCGAACAUUUAAUAAACCUAUAAUGAACACUGAAUUAACAAUAAAAUAACUUUUGAACAAAUGAAUAUAUAUGAAGCUUGUGUUUGCAUUUGUGUCUGUGUGUAUGUACUUAUGUGUUGUGUUGUGUGUGUGAAAUUUUAGAGUAUGAGUGUUUUUAUAAUAACAUUUUGAGCAUUUCUACAAUUUUAUGGUGAGGCUUCUCAAAAAAGACUGGAUGUCUCUGGGCAGAGUUGGGGCUCCCCCUGACUUUCAGAUCUGUAUAUUGUGAAAAAAUGUGAUAGACAAAAAAUAUUUGUUUCUAGUGUUAGUUGGCACCUAGAUUAACGAUUAAAAACCAAAAGUAGAGAGAUAGAGCAAACGGAGCCUUUAUUACAAACUUUUGAAACUGAACAUAAAAAGGGUCAAUUUGACCCUUAAGGACAACGUAGGGACUUGAAUGUUAAGACCAAGGAGGGGUUAAUAUGCAGUUAUGUGGAGUGAGAUUUUGGACGGCGGGAUUACCCAGCGCAAUGCCACAGAAAACAAGUGAGUGUUGAAAUUGGCUAGUUUUCGAAAA